CACAAACAACAAACAGGUUCAGCAGCUGGAAACAUCAGGACUGAGGAUCAGUUAUCAAUCGACAACCUGAUCUCUACAUUCAGAAGUCUGACGAGAGGCGUGUUGGUAAUGACGAGGCCGGUCCAAACGAUCCACAUACACUCUGCUCUCUGAUUGGCCGCUUCACACCUGAACCUGAGCUCCUCAGUGGUCUGAGGCUCCUUAGCAACAGGAUGAUGAUGAUGAUUACACACCUGAACACCUGUUAUUACCUGAGUCACUGUGGGACACACACACACACACACACACACACACAGGCUGUGUUGACAUAACAGUGUAUGUGUGCGUCUCCAGAGGUAGUGUUGCCACGGUGCACCUGUCAGUCACCUGCUGGGAUGAUGAUGAGAGGACACACACACUGUUAUGUCAACACCACCUGAACAGCCAAUAUCCUGUGUGUGUGUGUGUGUGUGUGUGUGUGUGUGUGUGUGUGUGUGUGUGUGUGUGUGUGUGUGUGUGUGUGUCCUCAUCAUCAUCCCAGCAGGUAACUGACAGGUGUGCACACUCAGCAGGACACGCCUCCUGCAGUCCUUGUUCAGACUCAGAGCCGAUCAGACUCUGAUGGUCUCGGCUCACAUUUAAAGACGAUGAGGAUGAAACUGAUGGCUGAUAUUGAUUACAGGCUUUAGUCUGCUUUGACCUUUGACCUUUGCUGUUCGGAGAAAGACGACUGAAGGGACCUCAGCAGCAGGACCGGAGUCUUAUACGGGCCGGGGUUCAACUUUGGCAUCGUCCUGGAGGCAGGAGGAAGAGGAGCAAGCUGAGGUGUGAUGACCUGUGAGAUCCCAGAACAUUCUUCACUUUAAUGCUCAAUAUCCGAGAUCCCAGACUUCUGGAGCCUUUAUUCUGAAAAUCUGCCCCAGACUGAGAUCACCAGCUGAGACUGAACUCUGAUUCAGGGAUUGAUCGGAGCAGCAUGUCCAGUGGAGAUUAAAGGUACUGCAGCCGAACACGUUUAGAUUCCUGCUGGUUCUGGACAAUCAGGUCUCAUGUGAAAGUGCCCUCUUACGUCCAGUCUGAUCUGUGAAUUAAUUGCUGUCGUCCUUCCUGUCCUGUGAGUCCGUCUAAAGAUGGCGGACGCUCUGAGGACACUGUACGCCGCUCUAAUGGUUCUGUCGGGCGUGGCCUCCACCUGUGGGAACCUCCUCCUCUUGCUGGUGCUCCUCCUGAACAAGGAGCUCUGGACAGACACGAUGGGCCUCACCCUGAGCGUCAGCCUGAGCGACCUGGCCCUUGGACUCUCCACCAUCCCCUUUGGGGUCUACAGCAGCCUGGCCUGGCCCUCCUGCUGCCCCAGCGAGGGCGCCUUCUGUCAGGGCAGCGGCUUCAUCUACCUCCUCCUGCAGACCACCUCCAUCCACUCACUCACCUGGGCCACCUUUGACAAGUUCACUGAGAUCUGCUUCGCCCUCAGCUACAGCAGAAUCUGGACAGCCAGGCGACGCCAGGUGGUGCUGGUUCUGGUUUGGUUGUUCUGCCUGGUGAAUGCCGCUCUGCCCCUGCUGGGCUUCGGCAGCUACGUCUACAGCGAGUCGCGGUUCCUCUGCUGCCCGAGCUUCACCCCUGACAACAGAUAUUUUGUGGUGCUGUGGAUGUUAGCGGGUAUCGUGGCGCCAAUCCUCACUAUGUGCUCUCUGUACGGGUACAUCGUCUACGUGGCCAGGAAACAGGCCAGGAAGGGAACCUUCAUGUGCAAUGAGCUGCACUGCUACCACGUUCCUGCCAACAAUUACCUGAGGAGCUCCAUGGUGAUGGUCACAACCUCAGUGUGUUUGCUGGUGUGCUGGCUGCCCUACAUCUCAGUGUGUCUGUACGAGACACUUAGCGGUCAACAGAGUCCUGCUGUGACCUCUGCCCUCUCCGCCUGGCUGGUCCUGACCAGCGCUGCCCUCAACCCCUGGAUCACCUGUAUGACGCAGACGAGGUACAGGGUGGCGGUGCGUCGCAGCGUCUGCAGGUUUAUUCGGAUGUGUUCUGUUACGCCUCUGGAGCCCCGCCCACAGAGCUCCGCCCUCCAACUGGACACACCCAAUCACAUCAGCAUGACAACUACGGCGGCAACACGCCUGUCGUCAUCACCAGAAAGACCAACACCACCCUGAUCAACGCAACAACAGCAGAUACGCCCUCGACAUCAUCAUCAGGUCCAAACACAGAAACACCUGACCAGUGACAGCCACACUGCACUGUGGGAAAUGUAGUUCAGCCUUCCAUUUCAGUUCAUAUGUUGAAGACAUUCCUCCUCCAUCACAUUCAGAGCUUUAAAUCCAGCUGACAGAGAUGUUUACCUCCAUCUUUCAGGUUUUGCUCACACCU